AUGGAUAUGGGUUUGCCAACAAUAAUUAUAGAAUUAGGUCAACAACGGCAACGCAUUAAAUUAAAUAAAGUUUAUUUUACUUUACAAGAAUUAAUCGAAUUAUUUUCUCAAGUAUUUCAAAUGAAAUUCGAUUUACAAACAUAUGAAAUUUUAUUAUCUCAUAAACGACUCGAUUCUAUGACAAGUAUUGAUUUUACUCAAUAUAAUAAUUAUCAACGUUUUAAAAUACAAUUGAAAAAUAAUCGAACAACAGAAUUGUCAAAUACAAUAUAUAGUGAUAAAAAUGAAAUAGCUUCAUUAAAACAACGAUUGAAUAUAGUAUCAAAUGAAAUACAAAAUAUUGCUCUUCUUAUCAAUUCUAUUCAUAGAAACUAUAGAAAUAUUAUCACGACACUUACUGAUGAAGACAACCAACAAGAUACGCCAUUGAACACAACAGCAUCAAAUGAGUAUUUCAAAGAAAAUCGACUACAUCAUGAUCUUACUGCUCCACCUGGUUUUAAACCAUUACCAAACCAUCGACCAUUAAAUGCAUCUUCACUAGAUUCUCAAAGCACCGAUGAAGGUAUCGAUCGUGACGCUGGAAGUCUAUCAGUGUUUGAAUCAGCUCAUAGUGACCAUGAAUAUGAAAGUGUUUAUUUCGAAUGCCGUGAAGAUUCAACACUUGUUAAUCAACCAAAUUCAAUAAUGAUAAAUAAUAAUAGUAAACCUGAAUGGCGUAAUCAAUCAUACAAUCCUCGUUCUCGUUCUCAUUGGAAUAUUAAUAAAGUCAAAUAUCAGAAAAAUUAUAAUCAAGAACAAUUUGGUGAAAAGCCUCGUUUGAAAAAACCAAUCAAUCUAAAUAAAGUGCCAUUACCGGUCGAAAAGAAAAAGAACAUUCCAUGCAAAUAUGCAGCUGGUGGCAAUUGCAAACGAGGUAAAUCAUCAAAAUCAGAAGUAAUCUUGAAAUAUUGUUUCAAAUUUAUUUAG